CGAUCGUUUCGGUGACGCAUUAUUCGCGCGAAACUCGGUUUUAGGAAGCUAAAGUCAAAGUAAAGACGUUUGCGAUGAGUAAAAAAGAUAACGGAGCUUCACUUAUCCUGGCCUAUCUGAAUGAGAAGAACCGGCCCUACAGUGCUCAGGAUGUCUUUUGUAAUUUACAAAAGCAGCACGGAUUGGGCAAAACGGCAGUUGUCAAAUCCAUGGAGCUGCUGGCGCUGGAGGGCAAGAUAAAGGAGAAGACAUAUGGCAAGCAGAAGAUUUAUUUUGCAGACCAGGCUCAGUUCAGUGACAUUAAUGAUGCAGACCUGAAGGCCAUGGACUGUCAGAUAUCAGAGCUCAGUGCCGAGGUGCAGUCCCUUACCCAGAGCUGCAAACAGCUAGAUGCAGAGCUGAAGGAGCUCAACAGCUCCCUGACAACAGAGGAAAUGAUAUCAGAGAUACAAGAGCUGAAAGCGGAGUGUUCUGGGUACAGAGAACGUCUGGAGAAGAUCAAGUCGGCCACAAAUCACGUCACACCAGAAGAGAAAGAGAAGGUUUACAAAGAGCGGACUAUAUACGUGAAGGAGUGGAAAAAAAGGAAGAGAUUGGCUUCAGACAUGAUAAAUUCAAUCCUGGAAGGGUAUCCUAAGAGCAAAAAGGAGUUCCUGGAUGAAGUCGGAGUGGAGACUGAUGAGGACUGUAAGGUGGUUGUUCCAAGUACUUGAAAGAACAAGAAAACACUUGUUCAUCCACUUCAUCAAUGUAAGCCUGUGCAGUGCUUAGCUAAGAAUAUGGAUUAUACAUCGGGCGGUCUGAGCCACAGCACAAUCUUUAUUUAUUUAUAGCCUUUCUUUUUAACAAAUAGUACAUCUUUAAUAAAAAGUUGAUUGGAUACACAACUUUUGUAAUGCAAAGUAUAUUUAUACAAAAACAGCUGUCAUUUGCGAGACACUAACACUAUGUCACACCAUUAGACAGCAGUGAGGGACGCUUAUCACCUCAUAGGCAACAUUGGUUUAUUUUUUUUUCCCCUUUUUAUAAAGCCAUAAAAAAACAAUCCUGAGCCUAUGCUGAAAAUGUCAACAGAUUAUUCAUUAUAGCUUUGAGAACUGUACAUUUUUUGUUGUUCUUAUUACAUGUUCAAGUCCAUCUUGCUGACAUUUUUUUUUUUUACAUAAAAGAGCCAAAAUGUAUAAAGCAUUGACAGUUAUUCAUGA